AAGACCAUAGAAACGUAUUAGGACUCUGACCUCCUUCUUCUCUCUCUCUCUCUCUCUCUCUCUAUGGAAACGAAGGAGGAAAAGAAGCAUCAUUUCGUGCUGGUUCAUGGAGCUUGUCAUGGGGCUUGGUGUUGGUAUAAGCUAGCAACACUACUGAGAUCAGCCGGUCACAGGGUCACUGCUCCUGACCUAGCUGCUUCAGGAAUCAACCCAAAGCAAAAGGAAGAGAUCCGUUCCAUCUCCGAUUACUUCCAACCAUUGAUGGAGAUCUUGGCUUCCCUCCCUCCAGACGAUAAGGUUAUACUGGAAGGCCACAGCUUGGGUGGGGUUAGCAUCUCAGCUGCCAUGGAAAAGUUCCCUCACAAGAUCUCGGUAGCUGUUUUCGCCGCUGCUCUGAUGCCCCGUCCGGACUUCAUUGUCCCAAAAAGUCUCAAUCAAGAGUUUCAGAAAAAAGUGGUUUCAAUGGUGGAUACACAGUAUUGGUUUGAUGACGGGCCGGAUAACCCACCAACUGCCCUCUUGUUUGGGCCGGAGUUCUUGGCCUCCAAGUUGUAUGAGCUCUGCCUUCCGGAGGAUUUGACACUGGCAAAGAUGCUGGUGAGACCCAUAAGUCUCUACGGCGGUCUGCAAUUGCUGAAGGAAACAGCGCUGUCUAUGGAGAAAUACGGGUCGGUUAGUCGUGUAUUCAUCGUGUGCCAGGAAGAUAAGGUGUUGGACGAGGACUACCAGCGGUGGAUGAUCCAGAAUAAUCCGGUGACGGAGAUCAAGGUCUUCCCGGAUUCCGACCACAUGGUUAUGCUCUGUAAACCGAUUGAGCUCUGCACAUGUCUCAUUGACAUCGCUGAGCGUUACUCUUAG